UCUCUCUCUCUCUCUCUCUCCCUCUUUGAUCCAUAACCUAAUUGGCUUCUAAUCUUGAAUACCUCUCCUUCCUGGCCAGAUUUCACCUCUAAAUCUAGAGAAGAUCUUCUAAAUCUUGUGGUUUUUUUCUUCAUUUUGAUCAGUUGUGAGUGACAGCUUAUUGCCAAGGUUCCUGAUUCAGGAGUUUCUGCUAAUUUUGGAGGAAAGAAAGUUCAAGCAGAGGAGGAGAAGAAGAAGAUAAAGAAAGGAGAGAGACUUUUGAUUUAGAGGUGAAGAUGACUCCAGCAAAUCUCUCAAGUCAGCUUGGUGAUACCACUUACACUAAAGUGUUUGUUGGAGGGCUUGCUUGGGAAACCCAGAAGGAGACUAUGAAGAAAUACUUUGAACAGUUUGGAGAGAUUUUGGAAGCUGUAGUGAUUACAGAUAAGAACACAGGAAGGUCCAAAGGCUAUGGAUUUGUAACUUUUACAGAACCAGAAGCUGCCAUGAGAGCUUGUGUGGAUGCUGCUCCUGUGAUAGAUGGGAGAAGGGCUAACUGCAAUCUUGCUUCCUUGGGUGUUCAGAGAUCCAGACCCUCUACACCAAAACAUGGAGGAGGCAGGAACUUUAGGGUAAUGAACUCUUUUCACACAGGCCUUCAAGGUGGGGUGGGAACAGCUUUUCCUUCUACAGCAACCUUCCCUCAUUAUGCCAUCCAACAAGGCAUUCCCUAUAAUAUGUAUGGGUACUCUCCUUACUCGCCAGAUUAUACCUAUCCAACGAGCUAUUACGGUGUUUAUGGAGGAGGUGCAGCAACCCAGUACCCAAUGUACGGUGCAGGGGCAGGAGGAAUGCUCACCGGCGCUGCCGCCGCCGCCGCCGCUGCUUUCUACCCUUAUCUCCAGUUCGGGCAGGGCAAUGGUGGAGCUGCCACUCCCGCCGCUGCCUACACUGGUGGCCAUGGAUAUGGUGUCCAGUACCCACAUCACCUGUUCCAGUACUCCCCCAUCACCUCAACCGGCUUCCCUCAUCACUACGGUGGACCCAUGUCUCUCGCUCCCACUCCACCAUCUCAAGCAGUGUGUUUUACUCCACAACAGGCGUGACCAUGGCUACUCAUACGGCUCCAACUACUACUGUUCAUGCCCCAACACGACCUCAGCCCUACAGACUCGUUCCUACCGACUUCACUCCAACUGCAUCUGAACAACCUUCAGCUUAACCAUGGUU